AUCUUGGCAGCGGCCAUGAGCGGCUCCAGGGCGCGGGCGGCGGCGGCGGCGCCGGGGCCGGACAAGAAGCUGCCGCCGGGCUCCGCGGGGCCGCUCGGCCGCCUGCGGGGCCGACGCGGAUCAGCCGAUGCGCCGCCACGGCAGCCCUGGACCGAGUCCGAGUUACUGGCGCUGGAGACCGUCCGGCCCGAGCACGUCCUGGGGCUGUGCCGGGUGACGGAGAAUUAUUUAUGCAAACCUGAGGACAACAUUUACAACAUUGACUUCACCAGGUUUAAGAUCCGGGACCUUGAAACUGGAACAGUACUUUUUGAAAUUGCGAAGCCGUCUGCUUCAGAGCACGCUGAGGAGGAUGAAGAUGACAGCAGUGAACUGGAUGCAAGUGCAGGUCGCUUUGUUCGGUACCAGUUCACCCCAGCGUUUCUCCGUCUUCGGACUGUUGGUGCAACAGUGGAAUUCACAGUGGGAGAAAAGCCAGUGUCAAACUUUCGAAUGAUUGAGAGGCAUUACUUCCGAGAUCGCUUGCUGAAGAACUUUGAUUUUGAUUUUGGCUUCUGCAUCCCCAGUAGCAGAAACACAUGUGAACACAUUUAUGAAUUCCCUCAGCUCUCAGAAGACCUUAUCCGUCUGAUGGUUGAAAACCCGUACGAGACGCGCUCGGACAGCUUUUACUUUGUGGACAACAAGUUGAUUAUGCACAACAAAGCCGACUAUGCUUACAAUGGAGGACAGUAAUCAUUCUGUGUGCUGGAUGCUGUGAUGCCCUUAACCAUUCCAGAUGUGCAGGAGUGGACUGGAGUUGCAGUCUCGUGCAACGAGGCUUCUUGCCAAACCUUUUCUCUGUGGAUGAGGCUGAGAACAUGAAGCAAAGAUGACGGCUAUUGAAAGGAAAUCUCCCUGCAACACCUCUUUAUCUGAGACUCAGCAUUUCCUGCCUCUCCUUCUCUGUUCCUGGCUAUCUUCUAAUAACCUUGGUUAGGUCAGUGAUCAGAGGGACUCCUAGACAAUUCUUGCUCUUAGUCUUUCUAGUUAGGUUGCACCUUUAAUGCUUCUGAUGUUUCACUUCUUGGAUGAAUAUCCUUUUUCAAGAGGUCAGAUUGUUUGUGUUAAGCUAUUUCUUAGCAAGAAAAUCUUAACCCAUUCAAGUAGCCAGUGAUGCUUGAGGAGCAGAUCUUUUAUUCAGUUGGAUAUAUAAUCUCUUCAGUGGCAGUGAUUUUGUUUGUUGCAUUGCUGACAUUGUUUUUUAGGGUGCAUCCCAAUAUUCUCCAGUGGGAAAGAGACUAAUUCACCUUCUAAGCAGUGCAGGAAUAUUCCAUCUGCCUCUGGGGGCCUGAGCUGCCCCUAAGAACGUUUAAGCUCUGUUUUGCCCGAGAUUUCACUAGAGAUAGGACAUAGGGGAAAAAGGGGAAUGCCCUUCUGAUAGCCCUUCUGUUUGAGCUUUUGUGAGGAAACUGUUGAAUUUUGGAGCUCAGGGGUCAACCUUAGAGCUGAUGUUAAUCUCACUGUAUUUACCAUUUCUCCUUUUUCCCUUUGUAGGAUUUUUUGGCCCUUGCUACAGAAUGUAUUGCUUUUUAGGUAGACAGCACAUUGUCAGCUGGCUGGGGUGAAGGUGUCACUCUGGUGGGGCUUAGAGGAAAAAGGGAGAAUGUGGAAAAUCACUUGAAAAAUGAGUAGGAAGCAGAGUUCAGUCUACACUUGUAAACCUGACUGGUUUGUCAGAGUUGCUGUGAGCAGCACCAGCUCAUUUUCUUUGUUGCAGUGGAGAUAUUGGUAGCUAAAAGCUUCCCAGGUCAGAUCACUCAGUGUUACGGAGUGGGAUCCUUGGAAAGUGAGAAUGUACAUGGUUCUCUCUUUUAUUGUUCCCAUCACUGCUCUGCCUGCUCAGCUGCUUAUUUAUGGUUUAGGAAGUCAUGCUGCCAAGGUUGAUACCACAGCUGUGUUUGGGAUCUGGCAAUGGGAAAUGGCAUCAUGCAGUGGGAAGAGGAGGACCAGUUGGGCAAGCUCCCAGCUGUGCAAAAUCUCAGCUAUCAAAACCUUUUUUCCCAACUGUGCAAAAUCUCAGCUAUAAAAACCUUUUUUGCCAGUUUUGCUGGCUCUCAAGACUGGUACUUUUCCUGUCCUCAUGCUGGGCUGGUCAGUUGUGUCUCUUGUUGGGGCAGUUUAGGUUGUGUCUAGACUGGAGACCUUUUCUAAUACUAGUUCCAUUUGUUCUUGAGACAGUUAAAACCUAACUGUUCAGUGGUUACCUGUUGUGCUAAGAAGGAUUCAGCAUAGUUUGUGUUUUAGCAGGAUUGAGUGGGGUGGACAUCAGAGCCUAGAGCCUGUUAAUUCAGACAGGAAUAGGAAACCACUGUCUUUACUUCCAGCUUAGUGAAAGUGACUUUGGUGUGGAACAUCAUCUGGCAUCAGAGUAAGCAGUGAGAGUGUGUAGGGUAGCAGACAUGAAUGAAUUUCCAGUUCUUAGGAAGAUACUUAAUUAUGAUUAACCACAACAAAUGACCUGUUCUGGGUGGAGCAUUAAUCAUGAGCAACCACAACAAAUGUCUUGGGAAUGUGGAGGGGCAAGGUCUGCCUGAUGGAAAGAUGAAGAACUAUUCUGCCACCAUCGAUCCCCUCCAGCAUCUCCACAGGCACUAAUGCAAUCUCGUUUAGGAUCUUCAGGAUUAGGUAAAGCUGUUGUUGAGGUGGACCUCGAGAUGGCUCUUACAGUGAACACCUUCCACAGCCCUCGUGCUGUGCCUUUGAGGUGGGAAGCAUUUGCUUUGCUCUAAGUUACUCAUCACAAAGCAGAACUGUCUGGAAGUGUGUUUUUCACCCUGAAGUGUUCAGAAAUAAUGUCUGAAGAGCCUACUUGUUAUUCCCUGGCAAAUUUUAGCAUAUUGAACUGAAUUUUGUAUGUAGUAUAAAUCCAGGUGCCUUUAAACGUUACUUUUAUAACAUUUUCUA